CCACCCACGCCGUCUCCAGGGCGACGACGCCGCCGACGACAACAACAAGACGGUUGAGCGGUUUGAAGCGAGGAGAACCUCGCAGGUUCCUGCAACCUCCGGCAAAGACUUCAUAGCGCGCAGAUCCGUGAGUGUUCAUGAUGCCUGCAGAGCGGUCACAGAAUGCAGCAGGUAGAAGUGAGUUAUCGCUGGGUGCCAUCGGUGGCAUUGACGACCCAGAGCCAGGAGCACAGGAUCUUGGAGCCGUGAGGCACAGGCGCGGGCCCAUCGGGGAGCCCGAAUCCGAUUACGUGAAGCUGGCAAGGCAAGGCGGCCAACGCGAUCUGCUCAAGAUGCCGGACAACUCAGGAGAGGCUAACCCAUCCGUUCCAUACAACCGGCCGGGCUGGCUGAAUCAUAACCCGCCAACUCGCAGUGGACAGGAUAAAUCCGCAACUGCCAGGGCAGUGGGAUUCCCUGCGCAGGAGAAUCUGAAUUGGAGUGACAUCAAGGCCAAGUACAUGACGAGGGAGGCGCCUUUUGCCACCGACCCUGUGUCUCUGCGUCAGCAGACGCCAGGCGCGGCUAAGCUAACGACUCACGGGGUUGGAAGUGCCAGUGAAAGGAGUGGGAGCAUCAGCUCCAUUCCGGAGAAUACAGUCUCAACAACACAUGAAUUCGAGGGGAAACCACCUCCCCUGAAAUCCAAUGCCACGCCCAGACGGCAGAGAGAGGAGACCAACAUGUGGACGCUGAUGAGUUUUGGCUACACGGGUGACUCGGCUCCGCACCAGAGCGUUGCGAAGGAGUCGGAAGCCCUUUCGCCCCAGGGUGGAAACACGGAGCGACCGUGGGCCACCGAUCCAGCCUCCCCCAAGGGAGCGGAGCAGGCCAAGGGUGACGAUGAGCUCAAGAGGGAUGACUUGGUGAAGAGAUAUGGGAGCCGCAGUGCCGGGCCCACAUUCUAAGCUCCACGACUCCCAGCUCCAUGGCAGACGGAGCUGCCCCUACCUGCAUUAAUUGCACCACGUAGCGACCAUACAUGCCGCACUGGGACUGUCCGUUCGCUCCAGGUUGUGUUGUGUUUAUGAGCGAGCCCCCUUUCGAGGCAGCGUGAGGCUUUUUACCGGCAGGCGGGGCUAGAGCACAACUUUAAGGCACCUUGUCUGUGUGGCCGUAUUCACAUGACUUGGCUUACGAAGGUACGGAGGUAAUGAGUAAAACAACACCCCACGUGCUAAUCCUUCAGGUGGAAUUAAUCAUCCCGCCGGUCGGAUGAAAAACCUAACACAUAUGUAUACGCGCGUGGCUUGUUAAUGCACCACUUCCCGAAUGAAACAAAUAUGACGUGCUGAACCCGUAAUGCACGUGGAAUAACUUUCGAUGGGAUGGGCAAAUUUUAUGGGUGAAAAAUGUUCCAUUUAUCCAGAGGACCGCAUAAAUUAGACAAUGAUGAUGUAAUAGAGUGCACGUAACGAUGUUGACAAGUCACAAUAUUCAACAAACAAAAAAGUAGCUAAACCAGUGUGACCUCUCCACCCGAAGUGACCUCGCCUAGAAUGUUUUUGGAAAGUGGAAAUCUUUGUUGGAUAUAGGCACCAGCUUUGCCAUCUGCUCAGAGCACUUAUCGGUUCACACGAGCACACCCAGUUGCGCGCAGCACCCAAGCGUGACUGCACACAGGUUUCUCAACAACGUUGUUUCCAUGGUCAUUGUGCUUGUUUAAACGUGCUAAUAAAAUUGUCCAACUCAUUUCAUGGCACGCGCCAUUGGCACCGUAAGACAUCAUGUUAAAACGCGCUGUGUUGUUUAGGAUAAUUUAAUUCAAUUUCAUCACCAAUACCUACGCAAAGCAUUUAAUUACAUUUCUGAGUUAAGCAUACUCAUAUUUAGCGUGUCUUUUUUAGGUGGCAGGUGAAAACUAUUUGGGGGUCAGAGACAAUUUAUUUUGAAAAUUAAAUGUCCAAGAAUCGAGAGUGCGAGGUUGCCGCAAGCCACACCACGUGGUUAGAGGCUGUGUGAAUGCUAGAGCUGGUAAACGGAUUCGAGUGGACUAAAGCCUUGGUAGCUCUAGCCACUUAGCCACCUAUGGAUGUUAUGACAAAUACUGUACGACAUAUGCUGUAAAAUAUUUAAUGUGAUUUUUUAUCAAAGAUUUUUAAAGCUAUGUUUAGUAUGUUACUGUAUAACACAACUAUAACAACAAGUAUGCUAUGAGUAUGUUAUGUUCAAAAGUCCAAAAAUAAAAUGUAUGCAAAUACC